ACUUCACCAUUCUUAGUUUUUUGCUCUCCUCCUUAUUAUAAGUGAUCGACCUUCACAUAAUCACACAACUCACUCUUUUUCCUUUUGAGAUUUGUAUGUGCUAAAUUAUGUACGAGCUUUUGAAAAGACCAUAGAUUUUAUCCACAGUUUAGGACGUGUUGCUUUGGAAUUACAGGUCAAACGUGGAACAAUGUAGGACGUAUAUAGAGAAUUGAUUUUUGGUGGUCAUAACUCGCAAUUUCCAAGCUCAAGUCAAGACCGGUUCUUGGUUCUCUAAAAUAAGUUGUGACAUGCAUGAAAAAAAGGAGGGCCGACGUCCAACAUACUUUAUCUGAUGCCACUUUGAGCCGCGUGUUCUUCUCUUAGGCAUAAAUUCUCAAUCCUCUUAGCAGCCUAUACAAAAGUAGUGAAGACGAUUGAUGGGAUUUCCAUUUCCUCCUUAUAAGCCAGCUCUUCCCACUAGCUAUUGUCUCUCUCUUUCUCUCAAAGCCAACGUCUGCAUCAAUCCGAUCUUCUCCAUAUAUCUAUCCUCCUACAUACAUGCAAGUUCAUAUAUAUAUAUAUCACUAAAUCCGGUAGCUAGCUAGAGGUGGCUCAUUGCUUAUGAUAAAAGGAGGAAUAUUGAUAGAGUCUUGAGAUGUUAUUGAAGGUUCCAGAACAGGUGCAGAAUGGGGUCUGAGGAAAAUCCAAGCGACAGCUCCCUGUGGCCACAGCCUUUAAUAAGCAUCAUGGACUCGGACCCACCAUUUCACAAGGCCUACAAGACCCUUUUCGACAAAACCGCGGACAAAGCCACCGCCACCAUAAUCAACAGCAACAGCAACAACAAGGACCGUGAGGAGAUGCUGCAGCUUGUCAUCGUCGAGGAAUGUGACCUGCCGCUGAUCGAUCUGCGGCGGUUGGAGCUCGGAGAAAGGGAAAGGGAAGAGUGCAAGUCAGAGAUAGCUAGGGCUUCUCAAGAUUGGGGUUUCUUUCAGGUUGUGAACCAUGGGGUUUCUGGUGGGCUGCUUCAGAAGAUGAAGAUUGAGCAAGAGAAGGUGUUCAAGCAGUCGUUUGAUAAGAAGAGUCAAGAGGACAAGUACUUGAAUUUCUCUGCCGGUAGUUACCGUUGGGGAACGCCUUCAGCCACAUGCCUAAGACAAUUGGCUUGGUCUGAAGCGUUUCACAUUCCACUCAAAGACAUUUCCACCUCAUCAGCAGCUGGUCUCGAUUAUAAUCCCAGCUCGACUAUGGAACAGUUUGCUACAACAGUUUCAAGUCUGGCACUGAACUUGGCUGAAAUUUUAGCCGAGAAAUUGGGUCACAAGUCGACAUUUUUCCAAGCAAAUUGUUUGCCCAGCACGUGCUAUCUCCGAUUGAACCGAUAUCCACCAUGUCCCAUCCCUUCUGAGGUGUUUGGGUUGAUGCCACACACUGAUAGCGACUUCCUUACAAUUUUGCAUCAAGACCAGGUUGGAGGACUGCAGUUGGUCAAGGAUGGGAGAUGGAUCGCGGUUAAACCUAAUCCUGCGGCCCUAAUCAUCAACAUCGGAGAUUUAUUUCAGGCAUGGAGCAACAAUGUGUACAAGAGUGUUCAACAUCGAGUUGUCACGAAUUUGGCAGUGGAACGAUUCUCAACUGCAUAUUUCCUAUGCCCUUCGUAUGAGACUGUGAUACAAAGCUGCCGUGAGCCUUCGGUGUAUAGAAAAUUCAGCUUCGGGGAGUAUAGGCGGCAAGUCCAAGAGGAUGUUAAAAUGCUGGGUUCCAAAAUAGGUCUUCCUAGGUUUGUUGUAUAAUUAAUAAUUAGGUAAGCCAUUAGUACUACACAGAUGAGUUUUGCUAGUACAUCAUUAGGGUUAUCUAAAUAUAUUUCGGGUGAGGGCAAUGGAAAUUAAGCUUAAUCUUAUAUUAGGCAAUGGAAAUUAAGCUCGUUAAUUAGUCAAUUGUGAUUUACUACAUUGUAAUUAGGGGUUUAUAAUUUUUAUUCUGGUUUUAAUCAAGGGUGUUUGUUUUAAGUA